AUGCGUGUCACAAUGGCUCUCUGCAACCGCACUCCCCUCAUCCGCUUCGUCGGCAAGCGUUCCGUCCCCAAGUCAAUUGAUCACUCCCCUCGCGUCCACCCAGCUUCUCCCACCGGCGCUCUCCCAGACUCAUUCGCCACUUACCGCGCCAAGGCCCAGCAACACGGCCCUCUCGGUCGCUCCUCCUUCAACAGCACCAUUGGCGGCCAGUCGGGCGCAUCCCUGGGCCCUGUCAAGCCCCAGGACGGCCAGUUCUUCGAUCGCACUGAGCUCCCUGCGCGCUUUGGCCGUCUUCCCUGGACUCAGGCUGAGAUGGAUGCUAUUGAGACUGGCGGCGCGAGCAUGUUCGCAUGA